AUGUUCGAUAACAACGACACCGCCAUCAGCAACCUGCUCACCGAGAAAAACCGACUGCACAAAGCCUACGUCACCCACCCCACCGACGACAGCAAGGCAGCAUUCUACCGUAGUCGCCGCCUUGAGCAACAGCUGCUCAGGAGAUGCAGGACCCUUGGAUGGCUCGCAAGACCGAAGAGAUCCAAGGGUAAGUGGACCGCAAAGAAUAGAAGGAUUUCGUCUCGAUGAUCAGGGAUGUCUACGAUCUGCCAUCCAAAACAACUGCCCCUCUUCUCAGCGCCAACGGCAGUACUCUACCCACCGAGAAUAUGCUAGUUUUUCGACGAUAGGCCGAGCACUUCCGAAAAGUCCUCAAACGUCCCUCCACCAUCUCCGACGCCAGGACGGUAUGAUGGCGCGCGUCAAAGACAACGGAGCUAUCCCAGAGGCAUUUGCAGUGACCAACGGAGUGAAGCAGGACUGCGUCCUCGCGCCUACCCUCUUCAGUUUUAUGUUAUCUGCCAUACUUAUAGUCACCUGUCGUGAGGAACGCCCUGGAAUCCGCAUCGUCUACAGGACGGACGGCCAGCCCCUAAAUCACCGGCGGAUGCACUUCCAGUCGCGUGUAUCCAUAACUACCGUCCAUGAACUUCUGUUCGCCGACGACUGCGCCCUCAAAGGCACCUCGGGAGGGCACAUGCGAAGGAUCAUGGACCUCUUCGACGCCUCUCGCGAGAACUUCGGCCUGGUCAUCAACACGGAGAAAACGGUGAUUAUGCACCAACUGCCACCCGGCACUGCCUACGUUGCAGCCCAAAGCCCCGUGAACGGCACCCAACUACAAUCGUGGACGACUUCAUGUAUCUGGGCAGCACCUCCUCCCGCGACACCAAGAUCGACUAUGAAGUGCCUAGCCGGAUCUCCAAAGCCAGCCAAGCCUUCGGCCGUCUGCAAACACAGUCUGGAAUCGCCAUAUCUCCACCUCAACACCAAACUGAAGAUGCACAAGGCGGUAAUCCUGCCAACACUGCUGUAUGGAGCGGAGACCUGGACGGUGUACAAGAAGCCGGCGCGAAGACUCAAUGCUUUCCACCUCAGCUGUUUUCGACGGAAACUGAAAUUGAGAUGGCAGGACCGGAUGCUGGACACGGAUGUAAUAAAGCGGACGGGAAUACUCAGCAUAUACGCCAUGCUGAGACAACCGAAACUGCGUUGGAGAGGGUGGACGACGAGCGGCUACCCAAAAGACUCAUCUACGGCGAUAUCGCCAAGGGUUUCCGCCAAAAAGGAGGCCAAGUUUGUCGACACAAGGACACUCUGAAGACUUCCCUGAAACGUCUGCAGAUCAACCCGGCAAACUGGGAAGACCUCGCUCGAGACCGACUCUCCUGGAAGAGAACAAUGAAGACAGGCGCAGCGAUCUAUGAAGACAACCGCAUCAACGCCGCCAAAGCCAAACGAAAGGCUCGCAAAUCCGCUCUGCACCCACCUCUCAACGCCAACGCUUAA